AUGGGUUGCAAGCUCACGUUUGUGGACGACGCUUUAAACCGAUCGUUUUAUAAACUCGGUUUGUUCGUCGGAAAACGACCAGGUUAUUUCAUAAUAAUACCUGUUCUCCUUACACUCCUCAUGAUCACAGGCUAUCAAAGAGUACACUAUGAAAUGGAUCCCGAAUACCUGUUUUCGCCUGUCAGUGGCCAGGGAAAGUUAGAACGACGAAUAGUAGAAGAAUAUUUCAAAGUGAACUAUACGCACAGAUUUAAUGUAGGACGUAUUACAAGACCAGGUAGAUUCGGGCGAGUGAUCAUUGUGUCGAAAGAUAAUAAUACAAAUAUGCUUCGAACUGAAGUGUGGAAGGAGCUUCGACAGCUCGACGAAUACGUUCAGAAUAUUACCGUAACUUUGGCCGAUGGCGAACAAUUCACAUAUAAAGACGAGUGCGCGAAAUGGGAAGGACAAUGCUUCAGUAACGAUAUUUUAAAUUUAGAUAAAAUUAUUGGUGAGGUCGAACGAGGCGAGUUAAAUCUAACAUUUCCUAUAAUGUUUAACCCUGUGACGUGGGAGGCUCACGCUUUUCCCGUUUUCUUCGGGGGGUCGAAAGUGGUAGACGACGUGAUAGAGUCAGUGCCCGCUGUGCAACUUGUCUGGUUUAUUAGAACGGACAAUAUAAUACAAAUUCAACGAGGCGCAGCAUGGGAAGACGCGUUUUUAGAUGCUGUGGGUGUAGCCGAAGAUACUGGACGUUUCAAACACAUAUCGAUCGCACGUUUCGCAUCACGAACCCUCGACCACGAGCUCGAAAAGAACACUAAGACAGUGAUACCUUUCUUCAGCUCCACGUUUAUUCUCAUGGGAAUAUUUUCCGUAGUAACAUGUAUGAUGGGGGAUUGGGUCAGAUCAAAGCCAUGGUUAGGCUUACUAGGUAAUAUUUCUGCGGUGAUGGCAACCGCUGCCGCUUUUGGUUGCGCCAUUUACUUGGGCAUAUCAUUCAUUGGAAUUAAUCUUGCUGCGCCAUUUUUAAUGAUUGGAAUCGGUAUUGACGACACAUUUGUAAUGCUGGCGGCUUGGAGACGCACCUCGCCGAUGCUCCCCGUACCGGAACGAAUGGCAAUAAUGCUAUCUGAAGCUGCCGUUUCUAUUACAAUCACUUCUGUGACGGAUAUGUUAUCUUUCUUCAUCGGUAUCUUCUCGCCAUUCCCAUCUGUGCAGAUUUUUUGCAUGUACUCAGGUCUUGCUGUGUGUUUUACUUUUGUUUGGCAUUUAACAUUUUUCGCCGGAUGCGUUGCUGUCUCUGGAUAUAGAGAGAAACAAAAUCGACACACAAUCACGUGGUUGAAAGUUUUACCAGAGUCUAGAGCGAGAAAAGAAGAAAAAUCGUGGUUGUACAGAGCGUUUUGCAGCGGCGGCAUCGACUCUGCGGAUCCAAAGAAUCCUAUAGACAAUAAAGAGCAUUGCAUUAUGGCAUUUUUCCGUACGACCAUGGCGGAUUUACUCAAUAAUAACUUAAUCAAAGCUUUGGUCAUAGUAGUAUUUCUAGCGUACUUGGCUGGCGCCGGAUAUGGAGUGACCAAUUUGAAAGAAGGCUUAGAAAGAAGAAAGCUGUCGAAAGUAGACUCGUAUUCUGUGGAGUUCUUUGACCGUGAAGACCUUUAUUACAGAGAAUUUCCAUAUAGAAUACAGGUGGUAAUAAGUGGAAAUUAUAAUUAUUCCGACCCGAAAAUUCAAGAUGAAGUUGAAACUUUAACGCAAACUUUGGAAAAUACGUCGUAUAUAUCGAACUCAUUGUACACCGAAUCUUGGCUUCGCACAUUUGUCAAUUAUGUGGACAGAAAUAACGAUUAUCUAAACGUAUCCAUCGAAAGCGAAGAAGACUUUAUAGCAAAUCUUAAAGAACUGUGGUUAUUUCCGGCCAACCCUUUUUCUCUGGACGUCAAAUUCAAUGAAGCUGGCAACGAAAUAAUAGCUUCGAGAUUUCUAAUUCAAGCUAUCAAUAUAAGCGGAACAAAUCAUGAGAAGGAAAUGGUAAAGGCUCUAAGAGAGGUUGUUGCUCAGUCUCCACUCAACGCGUCUGUGUUUCACCCUUACUUCGUUUUCUUUGAUCAGUUCGAGCUAGUGAGACCAACAUCCAUACAAAAUCUCUGUUACGGAGCGUUAAUGAUGAUGAUAACUUCCUUCAUAUUUAUACCCAAUAUUCUCUGUUCAUUAUGGGUGGCCUUCAGUAUAAUAUCGAUAGAAAUUGGCGUGGUAGGCUACAUGGCCCUCUGGGAUAUAAAUCUUGAUUCGAUAUCGAUGAUAAAUCUAAUAAUGUGUAUAGGCUUCUCAGUAGAUUUCACCGCACAUAUUUGCUACGCGUAUAUGGCGUCCAAAGCCAAGUAUCCGAGGGAAAGAGUUAGCGAGUGUCUAUAUGCUUUAGGAUUACCUAUUGUCCAAGGAUCUUUUAGUACAAUUUUGGGAGUGGUUGCGUUGCUUCUGGCUGACAGUUAUAUAUUCUCCGUCUUCUUCAAAAUGGUAUUUAUGGUCAUUUUCUUCGGCGCAAUGCAUGGUCUAUUUCUGUUACCAGUUCUUCUAUCACUGUUUGGACCGGGAUCUUGUACGCGGGAAGAUAAGUUGACUAUUUCUAAAGUUGACAAAUGCUAUCCGAACCCAUAUUGUAUACCACAUCCACAGUUAGUUCUAAAGGAUCAAAUGUUCAAUGGCAAAAACGUAAAUCCUAAUGGAAUUUACAAAAUAUAUGGAGAUGACAAAGAUCUUGGUAUAGGAACAUCCGGAGAAGAUACAAGUGAGAGCAGUUCAAACCAGUCCCAACGUAGACAGAUUAGUAACGAAAAUAGGAAAAAAUUUGACGAUGGCUGGAAGAAAUACAACUAUUCUCAUAGUUCGAGCCAGUUUCAACCUUCAGGAGAGUUAGAUUUAUAUGGGCACGAGAGCGAUCGCACUUGGCAGAAACAAAGGAACCAACUGAGUCAUGAUUAUAGAAGCUCAGGACGUGAUAAUGAAUUCUCAAAACGAAAGAACAGUGAUGGAAGUCCACAGCCAGGAACAUAUAGAGUGACGAGGACUCACUCCCAUCACAAUCUCCAUAGAAAAACUGCCCCAAAGCGUUCAAACUCCCACCAUAACCUCGAACACUUAGAUUAUGUCGCAGAAAUGCGCUUUCCU